GUGCGCGAUACCCUGCGAGUUGCACUGUACAGAUAGUUUUUAAGCGUUGCUUUCUUCAGCGGACAUGAUGGCGAUUGGCGUUGAUGACUUUCGGGUUUGCGUUGUUCUCACUUUUUCGUUUUCUUCCUUUUUUGAUUACUACAGCGCAACCUCUAAAAGCCCAGGACUACCAGAUUCUCUCUAUCGCGAUUGCGACCAAUCUCAGGAACACGGCUGUCCAGCAGCGUGUGAUUUCUCCACAACGUUCCAUCUUGCUUUCACCCUACCUACCCUACCUACCCUACUUACGACUUACGACCGGUUGGAUAUUGUCUUUUGCGCGUUCACUCACAGUCCCAUGUACACUGGUUGUUAAUACUAUUCUCCGCAGCAACUGUAUUAAUCAAGGAUGAUUUGAAUGACUACUCCCUACACGUUCAGCCUCGAUUAGGUUUAGAAUAUCCUCUAGUUUCUCAUUUAAUUUUACAU